AUAAUUUUCGUUUGUGUUUCAUCUACAAUUCAGUGAAGUGAUUUAAGGAUUUUUUUUGUUUAUAGUGUAUAUAAAUAAAACUUCCGGAAGUGUUUUCGUUUACGAAAAUGUAUUUUAAAAAUUUGAAAUAAUGUUAGCACAGCCUAAAAACAGAGUGCAAACUAUUAAAAGUAAAUUCGAGAGUUUGAAAACUGAUAACGAGUUGCUCGUUAAGAAAAAAUCGACACACCUGAACAAACAAGAGACAAACGCGAGCAAGGAUAAAGUUAUUGGUGAAAUUGUAUAUAAUAAAUCUUUGCAGGAAAAUGCUACACAUGAUUCAGACUGUGAUGAUUGGACGCCGAAGCCUAAUUCCAGUUAUUUGUACAGUAAAAAUGAAGUGAAACGUAGUCUGAGCGAAACUAAACCCACGUUAGUAAGACAAACAAGCGAUCCUUGUAAGAAGCUUCAUAGAAGCCAUGCUUUUAGAUGUGAUAGAAGUCAGAUCAUCAAUCAGAGUCCAAAACGCCACGGAAGCUGUAGUGGAAGAUCGGAGACCAGUGACUUCACUUUCAAAAUGGGGGAUAAGAAGUUGAGUAAGGAACGCUUGAAGCAGUUGGGUAACGUUUUAGAAAUACAAAUGAAAAAAGAGAACUUUUGUCCAAUGAAUACUAGCUCAAAUGAUUCAGUUAUCGUUGGUGAGGUAAACGAAAUAAUUCCUGAUUCAAUUCCCGAUUCUCAAGUUCCUAAGCAUAUACUCGAUCAGUACGCGAAGGUUGUGAAAAGUAAACACAAAUCGGAGAACAGACAGGAUUCGAUGACAGAUAGCGGUGUUAGUUCGGAGACAGAAAUUGUUGAAGAAGAUAAAACUAGUAAAAUUAAGAAACUUGUCUCCCAGUAUGAGAGAUCAGAAACUAUAUUAAAGGAAUCUAAAACUAAUUUAGAAUCAAAACCUGUUUUAGAAACCAAACCCGUUUUAGAAUCAAAAGUUACCUUAGAAUCUAAAGCCGUCAUAGAGAAACAACCUAUUAUAGAAUCCAAACCUGGUAUGGAAUCAAAACCUAUUAUAGAGUCGAAACCAAAUUUAGAAUCAAUGAAUGAUUUGUGUGCUUCCAGUGAAACUAUGAAACUGGAACGUAAGAAUCCACAUUUAGUUUUAACAGACACACUAAAAAAGGCUCUAAAACAACCCUUACCCCCCGGACCGCCGCCUAAAAAGCCUCCACGUACGUUUGCCGUGCCAUCAAUAUCUGAAUCUCCAGAAAAUAAAAAGGACGCAAAGAAAAUGCUCGAGAAACUCGAGCAGGUGCUACAAAAACGAGAAGCUCAAAGUCCAAAAAGCAAUAAUAUAUACGACAUAGCCGAAUCCGAGCAACCAGUUAAGAAACCUAAAGAAAUGCAUUAUUUAUGUACCGAGCUGCUCGAUAUCACCAAUCGUACACUCACACCGAACCAGAGAGAUCCGUUUUCCAAAUGUUUCAAUUCCCUUAACUGUGCCAUAAUAACGAACAAUUCGACUUUAAGCUUGCCAUAUACAAGGUUAAGUACGCAUAACCGUGACUCUAUAUCCAGUAAUGAAAAUUUAGAUACAACCAAAAUAAGUACAUUUCUAAGCAAUAAGUGCCUUAAGUGUAAAACAAACAAUAUGUCUGACGGGUUUAAGUCACAUAUAAAUUGUGAAUGUAAGGACAUGAAGUCUGAGUUUUACGUUGAAAAGGAACAUAUAUAUGACGUUCCAUAUAUUGAAGUUUGUAAUCGUGAUAAUCAGUAUGGAAUACUGAACUCACAGGAAAUUAAGCUCGGUAUUCUGAGUCGGAGUUUGGAGGAUUUGCAGUUGAGGAAUAUUGAUGAUCAAAAAAUCUAUGACGUACCCUACGAAGUGUCCCGUUCACCGACACCGGAUGUAACCAAAUCGGACUUCCAGAAACUUCGAGAGAACUUCGAGAACGCAUCACAGAAAACAGAAAAGGAAGAAUUAAUCCCUAAACCGAUACUAAGUAAGAAAGUCUGGAAGUCAAGUGAGAAUGUCGCAGAUGAGUUCAAAAACGCUAGAAGACAGGUGGAGAAGAAGUUUGCGACGGAUAUCAAGAGAUAUAAGAAGAAGGAUUCAGGGAGGGGGUUCAGCUUGCCGAAGAGAGAGUCUCAGCUCGAUGUGGAUAGAGAGAAUCUAAACCGUCUCAUGACGGAAAUCUACGAGACAGUGAAGGCAGCUUGCAACAUGGACGAAAACAAACCGGGGAGCUUUCCCACUGAUCUCUCGGAUGCGAACAGUGAUGAAUCAGUGACCCUAACAAGAAGCCUAACUGAAAAGCGAAAGAACUACGUACGCCGCGUCUCAUCAAGGGUGGCGUAUCUAGACAAAAAUGUUAAGUCUAGAUUCAGACACCAAACGUCUAUCUGUUCGUACAAGUCUGAAAUCUUAGACAAUACAUACUCCACAUUCCGAUCUUGGAAAAGCUUUAGGACGUCACAGAGUAACUUAACCAGAGACAAGAUGGAGAGGCGCGAUUCCACGGACUCCAAGAUUAACCUGACCGACUCGAGCGGUAAUAUACUGUCUAUGAAGGAUUUGGUCAGUGAUGACUCUCUGGACAAUUUGAGUAUUGAUGAGAAGACUGGGUGUGUGGAUAUCGAUCUGCCCUUUGUUCCAAGGGAUAAGGGCUUGUUUAAUGUGUGUUUAUUGGUCGGUCUGAACUAUAUGACCGGGGAGGCGUAUGUCAAGAGUGUUUUUCCAAGUCAGGUGCAAGUGCCGCCUCACAUAGAAAAUUUAAUAUUUCCGGAAACGAUAAGUUCCGGAACGAUAGGCGAAUGGGCGACAGAGAAGGCGGCUCAGUGCUACUCGCUCGUACUUACUGAUGAGAGGGGGGAGAGGGCUUAUGGCUACUGUCGCAGAGUACUCCCAGAGGGGGCUACGACUUGUCUCCCACUCUGUUAUUGCCUUAUAGGGAAGUACAGAGCGCCUGGUUUCUAUUAUAAGAUACUACAAGAAAUAGAAUCGCAUCACGGCAACUCUGAGGUCGAAAUUAAUCAAAUAUUACAACAAUUAUUCGAAACAGACUUCCCGAACACAGGCGAACAAGUAUCUAUAACGUACACGAAUAUAAACAAAGAAAAAACGAGAAAUUCAGUGAGUUUAGGAGAUAUACACAAGUGUAAGACGAUGCCAGAUCCUAGACGGAACGAAAGUUCAAUGAACGUGUCGGUAAGGAAAGACCUUACUGGAGCGGAAAGUCGAAAGGAAAGUCCGACUGAGACGGAAAGCCACGAAUUGCCGGAGUAUUACGACUUGGAGAAUAAUAAUCGGCCGAGAUUGUUGGGCUUAGAUAUGUCUAGGACAAUGAUAAUAAAAAGGCCACUAGACCCUCGAGCCGAUGAAGACAACAUAUCAAUAUUAUUGGACACCUUCGGAGCUGGUCUGGUGAUAAAGGUCUUUGGUUCUCUACUCCUGGAGAGGAAGAUCAUAAUCAUGGGUGACGAGCUGAGUGUCCUCUCCUCAUGUAUGGAGGCCCUCCAGAGCGCUCUGUACCCCUUCGUAUGGCAGCAACCCUUGAUAUCCAGCAUCCCGGCCCAGAUCACCAGAGAUGUUCUGACCGCCCCCUUACCUAUCCUAGCCGCGAUGCUAGUUGAUCACAAUCCGGCACAGAUCGAAGAGGGCAUGCUGAUAGACCUAACCCACCCCUCAAAGGUCCUGUUCUACCAGGGAGACGAAUCCACCAUCCUUCCGACAGCGAGCUACAAAACAUUAAAAACUUCGCUACAAAUGGAGUCGAUUAAACACAAAGACAAGCACGAAGACACGAAGACAAGGAACGUUAUGAUAUCGGAAGCGUUUUUGAGGUUCUUCGUUGAUAUUUUGGGUGAUUUUUGGAAGUUUUUCAGCGACGGAGAGGUUGGGGAUGGGGAUUUGGGGAAGAACGGGGUUGUUUUUGAUAAAGAAGCCUUCAUCAAAAAUUCGAGCUCGAAGCAAGUUCAGUAUUUCUUGGAAUGGUUCACAGAGACCGCCAUGUUCAACCAUUUCAUACAAAACAUGGCGACAUGCUACCACGAUCUACCACUACCAAACGAUUACGUCAAUAGCGACCUAGUCGACACCCCACUGCCGAAUUUCUAUGAAUUGUUUCACGAAAGAGUCAAGAGCCGCAGUAAAACGCAAAAUCAGAAAAAUGACAAGUUAAAUUAUAAAAAUGCAGUCAAUAAAAAAGUUAAAAUGUUAAAAACCAAACUGAGAGAUCUGGUCGCGUAAUGUUGAUUGUGUAAACGGUGCCUUAUUGAAAAACUAAUAUCUUAUUAAAAUAAUUAUAGAGAUAAUGCCUUGUAAAUGCCUUAUUAAAAAUGUUUAAAAA